AUGGCAAAGUCCAGACGAAACAGAGGCGGCCAGAGCCAUCGCAAGGACCCCAUCGCCAAAACCAUCAAGCCGCCAUCCGACCCCGAACUGGCCGCUCUCAGAGAAAAGUCCAUUCUUCCCGUCAUAAGCGACCUCAAGAGCUCCGACCCCAAGUCCCGUACCGCAGCCGCCGCUGCCGUCUCUAACAUCGUUGCGGAUGAGAAGUGUCGGAAAUUGCUGCUGCGCGAGCAGAUCGUUCACAUCGUCCUGAAUGAGACACUGACUGACUCAAAUAUCGAGAGCCGCGCUGCCGGCUGGGACAUUUUGAGAGUCAUUGCCGAAGAGGAAGAGGCCGACUUCUGCAUCCACUUGUACCGUCAAGAUGUCUUGAGUGCUAUUGGUUUUGCCUCCCAAGCUGUGAGUCGUGUUUCCUACAAGUCUCACUCGUACAACGUCCUUACUGACAGCCACCAGAUUUUGGAGAACUUGACCAAGAGCUCCUCUCUUAGCAAGGGCGAGAUCAAGGUGACUUGGGACAUUGCCGAGUCUGUCAUUGCCCUUCUUUCUGCUCUCGCUGAGGCUCAGGAUGAGAUUCUUGAAGCUAUCGUUGGUGUUGAGGGUAUUAAGAACCUCCUCUUCCACGUCGUCGCCCACACAGACUCACCGUCAAGCAUUUGCCUCGAUGCACUGGCUGCGCUUCUCACUCUUUCGGAGGACAACCGCCGCCUGGCACAAGACGUCGCCGCCGAUGAAAGCCCCAAGCCGUUGACGGCUCUGACCAAGCUGCGGGAAACUCCUGGUGCCAAGGGGGUUUUGGCCUGCGGUGUCCUGCAUAACAUUUUUACCACUCUGGAAUGGUUCGAGGGCACGCCCGAGCAGAAGAGCCUGUCCGAUGCCGUUCUGAUCCCGACAUUAUCUUCGGCGCUUAAGGGCACAACGCCCGAGGCUGACUUGCCUCCCAAGAGCCAAUGGUCUAACCCGACUGAGGUUCUUCAGCUCGCGUUGGAAAUCCUUGCUGAUAUCGGCACGACUCUGCAAGUAUCUAUGCAGAGGGAUAACAAGAAGGAGGAAGAAUGGAACGGAAUUGGAGACGACACCGCAAUGGAUGAGGACGACGAGGAGAAGGCUUCCGGAGAGGAAGAUAACGUUGACGCUGGUGACGAUGACGACUCGAUGGACGAAGACGAUAUGGCCGACAUGGCAAUGGUGACCGGUGCCGAUGACGACGUCGACGAGGAAUCAAACUUGGACGACUUGCCGACCCUGCGCGAGCUGAUACAAGACGCUAUCCCACAACUUAUCGAGCUCGCGACGACAUCCGCACAAUCCGAAGAUGCCCUGAGACUCCAAGGCCACGCUCUCUCCGCCCUCAACAACAUUUCCUGGUCCAUUUCCGUCUUCGACUUUUCAGAUGACCACAACGCUGGCAUCCUCAAGGCAUGGACGCCGUCGGGUAAGGCCGUCUGGGGCAAGGUCAUUGUUCCUAUCCUGGCAGCCAACACUGCCGAUGUGGAUCUGGCCACUCAAGUCACCAGCCUGGCUUGGGCUGUUUCCCGCAGCCUGCCUCGUCGCUUGUCCCUCAACGGCGAUGAACACCAGAAGUUCAUGGCGCUUUACCAUGCGACCAAGAGCCUCCCCAAGAAAGAGACAAAGGCAACAAACGGCGAGAAGGCCAAGGACGAGGAGCCAGAAGACCCCUUCCAGGGCCUCGGAGUCAAGUGCAUCGGCGUUCUGGGCCAGCUUGCGCGUCAUCCUGCCCCCGUCGCGCUGAACCGGGAGAUCGGUGUUUUCCUCAUCACCGUCGUUACGUCGCUGCCUGAGACCCCGGCCGCCGAUGCGGUCGAGGCUCUCAACCAGCUGUUUGACAUCUACGGAGACGAAGACGUGCCUUGCGACAAGGAAGUCUUCUGGAAGGACAACUUCAUGCAACAUCUCGAGGCGGCUCAGCCCAAGGUGAAGGCCCUGAUCAAGACUGUCGACAAGAGGACGCUGCCGGAACUGAGGUCGCGUGCUGACGAGGUUGUUCUGAACCUGGCGCGCUUCAUCUCGUACAAAAAGAAGAACCAGCCCCAGUAG